UUCCAUUCAACCAUGUCUGCAGAUGACUUUUCCGUCGACCAACCCAUUGUCCUGAUUCUCGUGGGCCUGAUUGGGUCCGGCAAGAGCACGUUCGCGCAAGCAGUCACCCAACAUUUUCCGAGCUUUGUUCGUUGUAAUCAAGAUGACCUCGGAGACAGACGUCAGGUUGAAUUACUCGCAAGAAGGUCUCUGAAGAGCGGCUGUUCUGUCAUCAUUGACCGCACAAAUUUCGACCACACACAACGAGCCCAUUGGAUACGGAUUGCUGCCGAGUUUCCAGCAACACAAGUAUGGGUCUUGGUCUUUGAUACACCCAAAGACAUUUGUGCGAUGCGAUUACGCACACGUGACCAUUUUCUUAUCGCUGAAUUCAUGUUCGCUGACCCCACAUACGUACUAGGCUUCGACCAUCCAACGAUCCCCGACCCCGUUGAUGCUUUGGACAUCCUAGAAAGAUUUGCUUCGCAAUACCGCGCGCCGUCACCCGAGGAAGGGUACCACCGUAUACUUUCCUUGACCCCUAGCGAGCAAGCAACGACAUAUUCACGAGAAUAUGUUGCCAGCACUCUUACUCGCAUUCGAGAUGCACCUACUGUUGUUCCACCUGUGGGUCCAAAUGUUCAUCGCCCAGUCAGUACACGAGGCUCAACUUAUCACCCUCGAGGCCAUUUUUCGAGAGAGGCUGCUAGUGGCUAUAACUAUCACAGUAAUCCUGGUUGGAAUCGCCGUCAACUUGAAUCGCCGACGAAUGGCAGCAUCGGCACAAUGAUUGGGACCUGA